AUUAAAAUUAAAAUAUAACCUCAAAUUCACGAGUGUCAAAAAACAAAAUUUUUGCGAUUCUGAAAUCAUUAAGUUGGUGGAAUAACAAAGAAAAUGAAACUUACACUGAUAUUACUUCGACGAAAUCGCAUGCCAAAUGGUCAUAUAUUUAGAGGCAAAGAACGUCUUGUAAAACAAGUAGAACCGAAACAUUUACGCCGUCUAAAGGAAGAUUUCGCUGUUGAGGAGCAAAAUAUGUUUUAUUUGCGAUUUCCGUACUUGACGGAGGCAGAGAGCUCUGGUCAUGCUAAAGCACUAGGAAAAUGUGAAGCUAGGAGAGAAGAAGUUCUUGGCAAACAUGGCAAAAUCUUCAAAGAAGAUGUAACAUUAUAUGAAAGAUUGCAGCAUUUACGAGUCGGUGAAAAAUGGGAGUAAUUAUAAUUGUGUUAAAUCUUAAAGUUAUAGUGUAAAGUUAUUAUUAGUUUAUAGACUAGGAUUCUUUUUGCAAUUAUAAAAAAUAUUUAUCAUGAAA